CACCACAAGCUUCCAAGUGUGGACAUCGGCCAUCCGCUGGGUGACACCAGGCCAAAGGACACAACCAUGGGUCUUUUUCAAUUGCCUACAGAGCUCAUUGUAUAUGCCUUCGGCUUUCUUUCCAGAUGCGAUCUCGAUUCGUGUUCGAACGUAUGCACCACUCUCCACGAUCUCAUAUCCUCCUCGGCCAACCUCCAAUUCCUCCGCUCAGCCGAGAUAGCCGGCGUCGAAGGGAAUCCCUUGUCGCCCCUCGGUGCAAUUGAACGGCUGCAACGAUUGAAUGCGCGAGAGGCAGCGUAUCAGCAAGCGCGGCCAGCAUGGGUAUGCAGCGUCCCCGUUCCGUUCCAGUCUUCGAGCAUCUAUGAGCUUUCUGGAGAGACCUUUUGGCUGGGGGAAGCGGGGAGACGGGCAGUGUGGUAUUUGCGGCUUCCGAGGGUCGAAUCAGCUACACCCGUCUGGCAGCGCAUCGCGGUAUCUUCCCCAGACCGACACAUCGUAGAUUUUGGUCUUUCUGUCGAGGAGAACGAUCUGUUGGUACUGGCAACCUUAGACACUGAAUUCACAUUGCGUCUGGAGUUCGUUAGUGUGUUAACAGGAAACCGGCACCCAGCUGCUAAGGAUGCAAUCGAUGUAACCAACACGCAGGAUGAACGCUGCAGCCUUAUUUUGGAAGUCGCAGGGGAUCACAUUAUUGUCAUUGCGAGCUAUCCUCUCGCCCAUCGACCCGACUGCGUGUGGUUGUAUAAUUGGAAAACCGGAACCGUGAAAUUCGACUUGCAAGCAGUGAACCACACAUACUCUGGUGCUGUGUUUCUCAGCACGGAUGUGUUCCUGCUCGCGAACGCCCAUACGGCUUGUUUCGAACUCUGGCAAAUCUCCGAAGAGCAACCACCUAGCGAACCAGCACUCGUGCUACAUCUGCCGCGGCUCUCGCUCGAGCAUCGCAUCUGGGAGUUGGGCGUCCGCGGCGAACCCAGCCCAGCCCGCAGCCGUGCGUUUCAAGACCGUGCGGUUCCCUUCAGCUCUGUUGCGGAGGAAGCCAUCAUCGUCUUCAGGAUCAUGUUUCGUGGCCCAGGUCCAUCGUGCCGCUUACUUCUCUUCAUCCACCGACAUGCGCUUCUCGCUCUGUUGAGCUCACCCGAUGUUUCCGAAAUGCAUUAUCCUGUAUGGGGACCCGACAUCUGCCGCUGGAUUAACAUGGGAGCACUGGUGCCGUCGUGGAUUACUAUCGCUUCUGGCCAGCGAUGCGUGCUAUCACGGCAGAUCCGGAACGAUUUCAUCCUGCUGGACUUCAAUGCUGACCCAGAAAGAGAGCGUCCUUUGGCGACCGUCCUGCCUCCAGAAGAUACGUUUUCCGAACCCGUACGCGGCCUUUGGACGGAACCCGUGGCCUCGCGACUACCCUGUUCCGUCCAAUUCAGCGAACGGUUAUCUUCUGGUUUUGAAGGGAUGAGUCUUUCCGACUCGCAUAUCAUUGCCAUGAAGAGAAAUCAAGCGACACUGAACAUCGAAUCCGUCGAUGUCCUGUUUUUCGGUUAAUCUUUGCAGAGUGAACACUCUGGAAGUGGAUCUCGGAUCCUCAUGUCCAUCCUGUUGUCUCCCAAUCCUAAAAGCAUAAGCACUCGCAGACAGGCUUUGUACGUAUCUGAUGUACUUUGUCGAGCGAGUUUUUUUUGCAAAUUCACUAGAACCUUUGUCGCCCUCCAUUCCUUCCAGUCUUUGCAGAUACCUACGAUGUCCACACUGCUUCAUAACUUGAUAUCAACCCCCACAUCUGUCGUGCAUGGUCUCAUCACAGGAUAUCUGUCACCUCGACCUUAUUUUCACACCCUACAAAUGAAAUGGGGUUUCCCUCGAUCUUCAAGAAGGGGUAACCAUUUCAAGGUGACAACGCGAACUUGAGAGAUAGGCACUGCAGAGAUAUAGCAAACGUUUACCAGGUUUCCAGAUGUAUCUGGGAAGGGAAGAUGAGACUGUUCUGAAGCUGGGUUGUGCUCUUGCACUGGCCGAGGUAGAUGUACCACCAAUCUGUCUACAAUCUGGAAGAAUGAAGAAACAGUGAAGCGAGAAGAGAUAUAAUAGCAAAGACCGAAUGAGGGAUGACCGAUUACCCUCGGUCGGGCUAUGGGCCUUGAAACAGGGUAACUUGCGAUUUGGCAUCUUCAUCUUUCACGCGCAGCUGCGCAACAUUAUAUCACCCCCAGCGUCUACAGUAUAUACUAUCCGGAAAGAUGUCGUGAUGACCACUACUCAGCACGAGCCAGUUCAACUGCCCGAGCGCAGACUGUGUCCAGAUCCCAUCGCUCGCUAGGCGGCAAGCCGUGCUUCAGGUCCAGGACGUCUCCAAUCUCGUUACAAGCGCGCAGAAUGGUGUCGAUAUCUUCCUUCGUGUGUGCCGCGCUGACACAGAAACGCACGCGGGCGGUCAUCAGGUCGCAUGCCGGAUAUGUGACGACGACGGUGAUGAUCGGCGUCUUGUACUCUUUCAUCAUGCGGUGGAAGAGUAUCAUCUUGCCGGGCUGGUACAGCAGCAGCGGGAUCACAGGCGACA